ACGCGGCGGCGGAGUCCCCUCGUGAGCGCCAGGCUCGCCUCGGGCGGCUGGUCCCCAGCGUGCAGCCGCGGCAGGGGAACGCCGGGGCCGCUGCGGGGGCGGGGCCUCAGGUUCGCGGUCUCCCGCCUCCGGGGCGGGGGAAAUUCCCGGCAGCGCUCCUGUGAUGACGCAGGGGCGCUCGCGCAGCCGCCCCUCCCCCCCGCCCCCGGGUGAGAUCCGGCGGCCAUGGGCAAGAACAAAGCCAAAGGGUCAAAGCCCAAGAGCGUCUUCCACGUGGCCAACACCAAAUCCCUGAAGGCCAAGAAUAAAGCUAAACCCGUCACAACAAGGCUGAAGAAGAUAAACAUUGUGAACAAUGAAAAAGUUAGAACAGUAAAUAAAGCAUUUAUUGAAGUACAGAAAGAAGUCAAACAACUAUCAAAAGGCAUUUCAUCAAAAUCUCAAAAGAGGCAUCGGGUUUCCAAGCACCUGGAAGGUGAACCAGCUGACGUGGAUGCAGCUGCAAGCUUAUUAUCUCAGUUGUAACACAUAAUAAAAUAUGAGUUUCAAAGUUUCAAAAGCAAAAUUUACUG